GUUUGACAGCUCGAAAUCGCAGAAAAAAUAAACAAACAUUAGGCGUUUUGGAUACAUAAGUAGAAUACAAACAUAACCAUUGAUUGUAAAUACAUAAACAAUCAAAAAGUAACUCCCUUAUGCGAAAUUAAAGUGCACAGUAUUGUGCAUCCAUAAGUUUACAUCGUUGCACAGCAACAAAGGAAGUAAAUAAUCCAACAUGGAGGAAAGAUGAUAUGUGGCCAAAUUCCUGACGCAAACUGUUACAUUUAUUCUUUUUAUUGUUGAAACAAUAAGAUUUGAAAAUGUCUGAUUCAGAAGAAGAAACCCCUGACAAGCAGUUGAAGAUAGUUAUAAUGGGUGAUGGUGCAUCAGGAAAGACAUCACUGGCAAGUCGCUAUUCUCAGGAACAGUUUGGAAAGCAAUAUAAACAGACCAUAGGUCUGGAUUUCUUCCUGAAAAGGAUUGUUUUGCCAGGAAAUGUUAAUGUCGCUCUGCAAGUCUGGGAUAUAGGUGGACAGACUUUGGGAGGUGCAAUGUUAGAAAACUAUGUUUAUGGUUGCCAUGGAGCGCUCCUUGUGUAUGAUAUCACGAACCACAACAGUUUUGACAACUUGGAAGACUGGUAUGGGUCGAUUAAGAAGGUGAUAGGAAGCCAACGAAUGCCUCACAUAGCACUGGUGGGGAAUAAAAUUGACCUGGAGCAUAUGAGAACAGUGAAGAUGGAAAAACAUCAAAAGUUUGCACAGGAGAGAGGCAUGUCUAGUCACUUUGUAUCGGCCAAAACUGGUGAUUCAGUGUCUAUAUGUUUCCAAAAGAUAGCUGCAGAAAUUCUCGGCAUUAAGCUAACCAAACCUGACAUUGAACAACAUCAUAGAGUGGUUAAAGCUGAAAUAGUAAACUACAGUAAACAGGAGGAAUCAGCAGCGAGGCAUCUACCACAGACUCAAACAAAGAGUAGUUUCUGCUCGCUGCAAUAGGACAAUGUGAUCUAAGUAGUGUAGGAAUUCAAUUGGUUGUUAUAGGAGUUUGGUCAGGGUUUCCAUAUUAGUUCAAAAAGGUCAGUUUAGUGAUAAUAAGUGUGCUAGAGUGGAAGACUGUUGUAGAGAUUGGCAUCAGUUUCUUCUAUUAGUGACUUCAUGAUGGUGGGUUCAUAGCCCAGUGUGGUCGGUGUGGUAAAAAUGUGCUAGAAUUGACCAGGUUUAUAAUGCUUGACACUGGUUGUUAUCAUCCACAAUGACCUCAUUGUAUUAGUUUUUGUGACAUUCUAAAAGACUAUUAAUAGUCUAUAGAUGUCAGUUUAAAAACAGCAAGCAAUUGAAAUAUACAGGCCUUUGUUCAGUGAGAAAGUUUUUUUAUUGACAACCAAAAAUUUUCAGUGUGUCUGUUUAAAUGUUUAAAAGUUGCAGGUCAUCGAAAGACAUCGUGUCUCAAAUUAGUAGAGUAUUUUUUUUUUAUUGAAAUGCUUGAAAUGUGUCUGUAAAAUGGCCAAUAUUUUAUGGGGUCUUGUUUUUCUGUGUAUACAUGUACAUGCUUUUCAAGGACUAGAUUGCUGUAAUUCUGCAUGAUCAUUUUUCGCAAUUUUUUGUUACGGCUAAUUUCUCUUCUUUUUGAUUAAUUUUGUCUUUGCUAUAUUGGCAAAACUGACAACUCAACUUAAUAUAAUAACUAUAAAACCGAUAACUGCUUUUUGCGUUUCAAGUGUUCUGCAUUUAACACAUGUCAAUACAUGCACCCAAUCAGGUCAGCAAUCUCACACACUUUCUGAGACGGUUUAAAAAUGUGAGUGAAUUAUUUGAUACUGUAUUAAUUUUAAUUUUGGACAAUACAGAGUCAUUUGUAAGUCAUCCGAGCAGAAAUGUCGUUCGUGAAAACGGUUAUGUUCAGAACAGAAAAUGUUGUACUUACAUAACAUAAAACAGUUAAAUAGGGUGAUUUUACCCAGUUUGUAAUGCCAAAAUUCAAUCAUUGGAAAACAGCAGUGAAAUCAAAUAUUUUGCUAUGUUUUAAAUACGCGAUCUGAUCAGUUCAUGAUACAUUUUAAAUGGUGAAAAUUAAACUCAUGCAAAAUUAAAGCAAUUUACAGUAGAUAAAGAGUGUUAGGUUUUUUUAGGUUGUGAUAGUUUUUGCAAAUGGAUAGGACAUUGAUUCUUUUAAAUGUUAAUGCAUUUUUAUAGUUGUUUGUCUAAUAUUUUCCAAUAUUGAUUUGAUGAAACAUUAUUUAGAGGAUGUGUUGACUGAUACAUUUUGUUAUGAGCUGUUGAUUAUAAUGAACUCAUUAAUUUCAACCAGCCAAAUUAGCUUUGGUUUUAGCAUUUUGGGGGAUUUUUAAGUACAUUCUGUCAGAAAAUAGAAACAAAAAGCCCUGAAAUGAAAAAAAACCACACACAUUAGAUACAUUCUCAUUCAUCAGAGGUUCAAUCGUGAUAAAAUCUAACCUCUGAUUCAAUCGCUGCCAAAUUGAGUGCAAAGCUGUACUCAGAAUCGGGGCGUUUGAACCAGAGUGUGGUACGUCACUCAGGUGAAAGGUACGUACAAUGUAACUCUGGUGAAUGAGAAUGCUUAGAUUUCACUUACCAUAUUUCAAAAUUUAUCAACAAAAUUACUUGGCUUUUUAAAAGUUAACCUUAAAAGGUUAACAACAAUGCUGUUAACAUCUAAACAAAGUUCUGAAAAAUCGGCCAAAUGUGUAAAUAAAAAGCAGUAGUAUUUGAAAAUCCAGGCAAUUACCAAUCUGACAGGCUGUACCUUAAAGCUGCACUCUCACAGUUAUAUCCUUUUUACAACUUCUUUAUUUUUUGUCUUGGAAAGAGCAAAUUUUUGCGUAUAUAUCUGUAAAACGAUGAUAUAAGAUUGCUGACAAAAAAUCAGAUCAUAGAUUUUCA